CCCGGUUGCCAUGCCUCCCACACCUACGACCAUGGACCCGGCUUGCGCAGCAGGCUCUAGCAGCUGCCAAUGAUGAGUGGGAGAGAUCGAGCAAUGCUACGGCUGCGUUUGGGAUGCAAGGGAGUGUGAUGGGCACGCCCUCUUUGAUGGGUGGCAUGGGCCCCAUGUCUAUGCCUAUGGGAAUGGGCAUGGGCAUGGGCAUGGGUAUGCCGAUGGGUAUGCCGAUGUUCCCGUCCUCUCCGGCGUCAAUGUAUGGUGGCGGCACUGGACGUUCCGUUUUGGGUGAACCCUCGAAUUGGGGAUCUGCUUCCGUUUAUGGAGGGUCGUUCGGGCCUGCCGCGCAGUCUACAGGACGGACGAGUGGGGUCGCUUUCCCUCGACAAUCCGGUGCUGGGACAGGGGGAAAUAAAUCUGCUGCGUCUGAGGCGGGAGGACUACCUAGACCUCGUCAGCGAACGAGGACCGCUCCUGCUUCGCAAGCCCUUCCGGCUGCCCGAAAUGGUCAAUCCAGUAGGCAAGCUCCCUCGAGUUGGAAGAUGCAUUGAGUUAUGGUACCAAUAUAUUGGUUUUUUUUUUUCAAUACUGUCUAAACAUGAACCUCCCCGCUUUGCGCCCUUAACCUCUUUCCAUGUUUUUCACUCAUUUCCGCUUCCCUCGUCUCUUUUCUCCAACCCAAAGGGCCAAAUCGGGUCUCCCACCCCUCAUCCCAAUUUUUUUUUUCCAACUUUUGACUCUCCACUUCUACCCGCCCCACCAUUCUUUUGACCCUGCAUGAAGCUACGCUAUCCCUUCGUACCAUUAAUUCCUGAUCGAUUGCAUAAACACGUGCAAGUGCGCGACUUCUCUUACCACUCACUUGGAACUUACAAUCAUGCCGGAAAGACGCUCCUUUUCUUUUUUCCCCUUCUUCCGUAAGUUCCGCUCU